UUCAUGUCAUGCACAUUUUUAUCAGAAAAGCUGGCAGAGUUCAAAGCUCAUACACAAUCAGGAAAAAGGACGCAGACCACUGAACUAGUUAUCAUCAGCAUGGCACUGGGAAUAGGGACAACUCUUCUACUGGCUACUGUAGUCACUCUCGUAAUUUACCUGGUGUCAUGGUGGAGAAGGAUAAAGCACAGUAAUCUCCCUCCAGGCCCCACACCUCUGCCUCUGAUAGGAAAUAUAAUGCAGCUAAGCAUCACGGAAAUUCCCAAAGAUCUUGUAAAGAUAAGUAAAACCUACGGACCAGUGUACACCUGCUACAUGGCCAACCUUCCGGCGGUUGUACUGGUUGGAUAUGAUGCGGUGAAGGAGGCAUUGGUGGACCGCAGCGAUGUGUUCAGCAACAGAGGAGAAGUCGAGGCAGUCCAUAUAUUAUUCAAAAGUUAUGGGAUUGUCAUGAGUAAUGGAGAAAGAUGGAAGACAAUGAGGCGCUUUGCUCUAAUGACCUUGAGAAAUUUCGGAAUGGGGAAGAGAAGCAUUGAAGAGCGGAUUCAGGAAGAGGCUCAGAACCUGAGAGAGCAAUUCAUGAAAGAAAAAGACACUCCAUUUGACCCAACAUAUCUAAUGGGAUUAGCUGUCUCCAAUGUCAUCUGCUCUGUUGUGUUUGGAAAGAGAUUUGAUUAUGAGGACAAAAAGUUUAUGACCCUUCUGGAAUACAUCAGAGAGAUCUUCAUGAGAAUGAACUCCAAAUCUGGUCAGCUCUUGGGCAUGUUCCCAAAAUUGCUGAGUAAGCUUCCUGGACCCCAUCAGAAAUUGUUUAUCAAUUUUGAAAACCUGCGGGCAUUUGUGAGAGAAUCAGUGAAGUCCCACCGAGAAGUUCUGGAUCAGAACUGUCCACAGGAUUUCAUAGACUGUUUCCUCAUAAAAAUGGAAGAGGAGAAGCAAAACCCAAAUACAGAAUUUCAUGCGGAAAACCUAUUGGGAUCAGUACUUGACUUGUUCUUUGCUGGUACAGAAACUACAAGCAAUACUCUGAGAUAUGCUUUUAUAAUAAUGAUGAAACAUCCAGAGAUACAAGAAAAGGUUCAGAGGGAGAUUAACACCGUGAUUGGACAAGAGCGCCUUCCCUCUGUGGAGGACAGGAGCAAAAUGCCAUAUACAGAUGCCGUUGUGCAUGAGAUCCAGAGAUUUGCCGAUAUUUUUCCUGUAGGAUUAUUACAUGCUACCAGCAAAGACACCACCUUUCGAGGAUACCACAUUCCCAAGAACACUGUGGUGCUUCCUUUAAUAACAUCUGUCCUGAAAGACCCUAAUUGUUUCAAGAAUCCAACUCAAUUUGAUCCAGGGCACUUUCUUGAUGAAAAUGGGGCCUUUAAGAAGAAUGAUGCCUUCAUGCCAUUUUCUGCAGGCAAGCGUGUAUGUGCAGGAGAAGGUCUGGCCCGUAUGGAGCUUUUCUUGUUUUUCACUACUGUACUCCAGAGGUUUACUUUGAAACCAACUGUGGAUAAGAAGGAAGUAGAGAUCACCCCAGAACCCAAAACCAAUGCCUCAAGAGCUCGGAAUUAUACAAUGUUUGCAGUUCCUCGGUAA